AUGACCUACUACCAUUGCCAACUUGCAACGUUGCUGACUUUGCAGCUUGCAGCGACCCAUCAAGGCAGCCAGCAGCAACAGCGAGCCCAUACAGCCAUAGCAGCGCACACCAACAGCAGACGAUGACUGAACAGGACCAACAAGCACUGCAGAAAGGAUUCCAGGGCCUAGGAGACAACAUCGACAGAUUCUAUGCGAGACCCCUGCAGAAGGCCGCGUAUUUGUGCAUGAGUAAGUGCAACGACAACAGCAAGAUGUCCAGCGAAGCCGUCGCCGCGUGCAUGAAACGGUGCGAGGGACCGCUGCAGGAGAUCAACAAGGUCGUGCAGGAGGAGGUUGGUGGCCUACAGAACCGGAUGCAGCGCUGCGCCAUGGAUUGCGCCGACGAUGCGAAGGACUUGAUUCCGGCCGGGGCGAAAAUGGGGGACGCGGUUGUGGAGCGAGCAAUGGCGCAGAACAUCAAAUGCACAAGCGGGUGCGCGAAGAAGCAUUUGGCGCUUCUGCCAAAUGUAGAGGCCAAAGUUAAGGCGGUCGCGGAAAUGGUGGCAAACUCGAGUUGACGAUCCACGCCGAAGGAUGUUCGCUGACUUUUCUUUUUUUCUUUUUGAAGAAAGGGAAGGACACACCUUGUUGCUACGUUUUUGAUAGGAUAGUUUCAGUACGGUAACGAGAUUGUCCUGAACAAAUCGGGGGGACUCCGGCGCACGAAACUUCCGUUGGUCCCCCUAUCACCGGAGUUUUACGUUUGGGGUUAGAGCUAUAGGUAAGUUUGGUUUUGUGCAUGAAGAGAGUGAUGAGGGAGGGCACUGGAAGUUCCGCGCAACUCCUGCUGGGAAAAUAUUCCAUUGCGGCGUUCCUAUAUGUGUCGCUCGAUACGUUCGACGGCACGGCGUUACUUCGGGCUAGCCGGCGUAAUGGUUUGAUCUGUUAACUUCGAGGUCGACUCCGUUCUUGCGAGAAGCGAUAUGGUGGUCCGGUAUUGUGAAAGGGCUGUUUACCGUUGUGCUCGUUAACUGCUGUGCCGUGCAUCGACGUUGAGUUGCCACACACGCCAAGAACGGGAUGGAUGGUGUGGUAGUGGGAAAAUGGUCGGAACGGUCUUCAGACAGUGUCAGGACAACUCAUCGAUGUCGAUCGAUCUCGGGGCGCGCCAAAUGGAGGGGCUGUUUGACCAUGUAUCUUCCCAAGGAAAGCGGAACAACACGCAGGGCUGCGCAUACGCAUACGCUGCUAGUCUUAGUCUUUCCCCUCCCUUGACGCGCCACUCAGCACAUUGAUUCUGUAUCCAAUGAUGAACCGAUUUUUUUUUAAGAGACGACUCGUUCGCCAGUUUUUCGCUUGUAUUUUCGGCGUAUCUGAAUCCCCCACCGGUGGGGUGUUUCG